AUGAAUAAAAUCAAUAUUCCAGCUACAUCAAUCAAUUUUAGAAAGUAGAAAACUAUGAACAAUUAAAUCAAAAUUGAUUCAUCAAAUGCUUUCAAUCACAAUAACUCUAUUAUUUAAAGAAAGGAUGAUAAAUAAUAAUAAUCUUAAAUCUUGUAAUCUCACACAGAAAGGGCCAAGAUAAACUCUAUAAGUAGAGAGAAAAUUUAAAUAAACAAAAAGUAAUAAUAACUAAAUUUUAUUUUAGUUUAGCUCUCAUAUUAAAACUAAAAUAAAUAAUUCUAGUGUUGAUAAGGUGUUGAAUAAUUAAAGAACAUAAUCAUCAAUAUCGCGUUAAUCAAAUUGUAGUCCAACAUCAAAGAGAACAGCUUCAAAAAAUAAGUUAUCAAUCACCCCUUAAAGAGAUAAGUCAAAAUAACAAUUUGAAUAAGAAUAAAAAAAGCAGUUAUCAUCAUAAACAUAGAGAUAACAACAACAACAGUAAUAAUAACAAUAAUAAUAAUAAUAAUAAUAAUAAUAAUAAUAAUAAUAAUAAUAAUAAUAAUAAUAAUAAUAAUAAUAAUAAUCUAAAAAAACAGAUAGGUAACAUACUCCAAAAUCAACAAACAAAUAAAUGUUUACAUCUCCAAAUGUAAAACUUCUUUAGAGUAAUAUGAUAAAUAAAAUGAAACCAAGCUUUGAAAAAGGAAAAUCCUUACCUUUUAAAAAAGAGAGUGCUCCUGUAAAACUAAAUACUCAAAAUACCAAUUAGAUAUCAUCUGCUUAAAAAUCAAAUAGAAAACCUAAUAAAAUUUUGAGUUAAAGUAAGGAAACUCCCUUUCAUUAUGAAGAAUUUACAUUACAAGCUCCAUAAACUAAGAAUGUUUAAACUGACGGAUUAUCUGUAAUUUUUAGGUUUAUUAAUUUAGUGUUUAGUUUUACCAAUAUUUUAAGAGUCAAAAUAUUAUUAAACUUCAUUAAUUCAUUUUCAUUAUGAACAAAUAAAAUAAAAAUAGUCCCCUUUCAAAUAUUAUUUUGAAAGAGAAUAUUAAAAAGAAGCACUGAUAGAAUAUUUUAAGGAAUUAUUUCAAGAGCAUUUUUUAUAAAAUUAUAACUGUCUUUAAUAUUGCAAAAAAUAUACUUAAAAUAUAUAAAAGAAUAAGAAGUGUGAAUUUUUACCAGGUCAUUGUCAAGAAAUUAGAACCUUAGUGUUUGAUUUAGAUGAAACUUUAAUUCAUUGCAAUGAUAAUAAUAAUGACCCUACUGACCAUGUAAUAUAAAUAUAAUUACCAAAUGAAGGGACAGUAGAAGUAUUUAAAGUUAGUAAAAUUUAGGCUAGGAUUAACAUAAGACCAUAUUGUUAAUAAAUGUUAAGACUGUUAUCGAGUCAUUUUGAAUUAAUGCUAUUUACAGCUUCAUAUCAAUAUUAUGCAGACAAAGUGCUUGAAUUGAUAGAUCCUGAUAGAACUAUAUUUCAAUAUAGGUUUUAUAGGGACAGUUGCAUAGAGGUUGAGGAGGGUCUAUUUGUUAAAGACUUGAGGAUAAUUGGGAAUAGAAAAUUAGAAGUAAGAAUUAGUGAUAUAUAAUCUAGAAUAUUUUGCUAGUUGAUAACGCAUCUUAUUCUUAUUGUUAUUAAUUAGAUAAUGGAGUACCUAUAAUUCCAUUUUAUGAUAAUAAAUAUGAUAAGGAAUUGAUAUUUUUGGCUGAUUAUUUGAUCAAUUUGAAGUAAUCUGAAUAAUGGACUAAGUAAAAUAGAAUGCACUUCCGUACAUAUUUUUAUUAGAUUUGCUCUAAUGGAGAAGAAUGUUUGAAAGAGUUAUUUCAAGCACAUGACAUUGUUUAAGAUUGA